AAAACAAAAUUCGAAUCUGGUUUAUUCGUUUUCUAUAUAAAGGGAGCUCCAUACUCUAUACCCUCCGACUCACUGUCACUUCAUUCAUAAUUAUUUUUCUCAGCUUAUUUUUGGCUUUUGCUCGCUCACCUCUUGUUUGAGAAAAUAUCACGAUGGCGGACGAGGUGAUUCUGUUGGAUUUCUGGCCUAGCAUGUUCGGCAUGAGGGCCAGAAUAGCUAUGACUGAAAAGGGUAUUCAUUACGAGUACAGGGACGAGGAUCUGAGGGACAAAAGCCCCCUGCUUCUGAAGAUGAACCCGAUUCACAAGAAGAUUCCGGUCUUGAUUCACAAUGGAAAGCCGGUCUGUGAGUCACUCGUUAUUUUGCAGUACAUCGAUGAGGUUUGGCCUGGGGAAUCUCCUUUGCUUCCCUCUGAUCCUUACCAGAGAGCCCAAGCUAGGUUUUGGUCUGACUACAUCGACAAGAAGGUCUUUGAUUGUGGAAGGAAGAUAUGGACCACAAAAGGAGAAGAGCUUGAAGCAGCCAAGAAGGAAUACAUAGAAAUUUUGAAGGUGUUGGAAUCAGAGCUUGGAGAGAAGCCAUUCUUCGGAGGGGAGAGCUUUGGGUUUGUAGAUGUUGCCCUUAUAGGAUACUACAGUUGGUUUCCUGCCUAUGAGACCUAUGGCAACUUCAGCAUUGAGGCCGAGUGCCCCAAGUUCAUUGCAUGGGCCAAGAGGUGCAUGCAGAGGGAGAGUGUCGCCAAAACUCUACCUGAGGGGAACAAGGUGUGCGAAUUCGUCAGCAUACUGAGGAAGAAAUUCGGCAUCGAGUAGAGAAAAUCAGAAAGCCUCGAAGUCGUAGCUUGCUGAGGCUGCUCUAGGAGGAUGUUUUACUCUGCAUGAGCCUGCUAUUUUUUCUUAUGUGUUAUUGUCUUUGUUUAAUGGGGUUGUAUGCUUUCUUUUCUGCCUGUAGGCAGCUAGUUGGGUUAUCUAAUUAGACACUUUAUUGUGUCUGAUUAUGUUCUGUUAAAACAGCUAAGACUUCUUUCUCAUGCCAAUAAAUAAAAAGCUUCCUCAUUGGUUUGGUUAA